AUGCCUAAGGAAAAGGUAUCAUUCAACCUCAAAACCCCCAAGGGUACCAGAGACUGGACCGGCUCGGACGCCCUUCUCCGGGACCGCAUCUUCACCACCAUCACCGAUGUCUUCAAGCGCCACGGCGGAACAGCCCUCGAUACUCCCGUUUUCGAACUGCGCGAGAUUCUCGCUGGCAAAUAUGGCGAGGAUUCCAAGCUCAUCUAUGAUCUUCAGGAUCAGGGUGGUGAGAUUUGCUCCCUGCGCUAUGACUUGACCGUGCCCUUUGCGCGUUGGCUCGCGAUGAACGCCGACGUGCGCAGCAUCAAGCGCUACCAUAUUGCUAAGGUGUACCGGCGUGACCAGCCUGCUGUCAGUAAGGGUCGCCUGCGCGAAUUUUUCCAGUGCGACUUCGACAUUGCAGGUCAAUUUGACAGGAUGCUGCCCGAUGCCGAGGUGCUGCGCAUUGUUAGCGAAGUUUUCGAGGGACUCGGCUGGAACGGCCGUUACACUAUCAAGGUCAACCACCGCAAGAUUCUGGAUGGUGUCUUUGCUGUGUGUGGUGUGCCAGAGGACAAGAUUCGGCCGAUCUCGAGCGCCGUCGAUAAGUUGGAUAAGAUGCCUUGGGCGGAUGUGCGCAAGGAGAUGGUCGAUGAGAAGGGCCUGGAUGGUGCUGUGGCGGAUCGUAUUGAGACGUAUGUCAUGCACAAGGGUGGACGUGACUUGCUGGACAGAUUGCUUGAGGACGAGACUCUCACUGCCAACGAGUCCGCCAAGGCCGGUCUCGAUGAUAUGGCUCUGAUGAUGGAUUACCUAGAGGCAUUCGGCUCUUUGGACAAGAUCUCCUUUGAUAUGUCCUUGGCCCGUGGAUUGGAUUACUACACUGGUGUCAUCUACGAGGUUGUUACUGAAGGCUCUGCUCCUGCUGUGCAGUCUGAUGCCCCGGAGGCGAAGAAGCUGCAGAAGUCCGGCAAGAAGGGCAAGAACUCAGAGGAUGAUGACCGUUCCGAUGACCCUACACUUGGUGUUGGCAGUGUUGCUGCUGGUGGUCGUUACGAUAACCUGGUCGGCAUGUUCCAGCCCAGAGCUCAGAUUCCCUGCGUUGGUAUCUCUUUCGGUGUUGACCGUAUUUUCGCAAUCACAAAGGCUCGCCUCGAGCGCGAGCAGAACGAGAAUUCUCUCCGUCCUACUGAAGUUGAUGCAUACGUCAUGGCCUUCGGUGGUAAGGGCUUCACAGGCAUGCUCAAGGAGCGCAUGGAAGUCUGCCGGCAGCUGUGGGAUGCUAACAUCAAGGCCGAGUUCUCCUAUAAGCUGAAGCCUAAGCUGCCACAGCAAUUCAAGGCCGCCGAACAAAGCGCCAUCCCCUUCGCCGUCAUCCUUGGUGAAGAAGAACUAGCUGCUGGCAAGGUUCGCAUUAAGGAAAUGGGUCUUCCUGCCGAUCACCCCGAGAAGGAGGGUGUUGAGGUCGAGUUGGCUUCUUUGACCUCUGAACUCAAGACCCGUCUUGGUCAGAAGCAGUCUGGUGCUGUCACCGGCUUGGCCCAGCAACUUCAGGCUACACAAGUUUGA